AUGGCCACAUCUGGACUGGACAUGUACAAACUCGCCGUUGUUUCUGGUGGGAAGGUAGCGCUUCCACGGAUCCAUAAUAGAUCAGCUACCAGAAAAUCUGUAACUUGUAUUACACCAGAUGGAUCUGCUUACAUUGUACCAUUCAACAAUCAAUUAAAAGUGUAUUCAAUUACUACCAGACAAUGUAUUAAAACUUUAAAGUUUGCGAACAACGAAGUUUUAAAUUCCAUAUUUGAUGAUGAAUCUGUUUCCGUAGUGCACAUCGAAGCUGUGGAGGAUGAGGAAAUGGAUAAGAUUAAGAUUUACACAAACACAUCUAAGGUAGUAAUUCUCAAGUAUAAGGGUAAGCUUGAUGUUGAGGUUGUAUCUUUAACACUAGACAUUACCGGAGAGUUACUUGCAGUCUUAGGAAACAGUUCAAGACUCAUUACAGUUGAGCAAACAGGCAAUUCCCAUAGAUAUAAUGUGUACGCGAACGUCUCAUCUUCAUCUUCUAAGGUCACACUUUUGGAGUCUUUCGAUAAUGUAUUGCUCUCGACUUGGUCUAACAAUUCCCUUUAUAUUGCCAUCGUGUACAAAAGCCAAGAAUGCAAGAAACAAAUUUUGAUAAAAUCUUUACUCGAUGAUAGUGUUUCGCAAAAUUUCCCAGUUCCAUGUACCACUUCUAGUAGUACAGCAAACUCUCAAUAUGUCACUUCGUUAGCCUUAGAUAACAAUGCUGAACAACUAGCGAUUGGUUUUGCUUCUGGUGUUAUCAACUUGAUUAAUCUUCCUGACCUUUCAAAUAGGCUACUAAAAUGGCAUAUUGACUCAGUUUUAUCUUUGGGAUUCACUAAUGAUAAUGCCUAUUUAUUAUCAGGUGGGUGGGAAAAAGUCUUGAGUUUCUGGCAGUUGACAACCAAUAUGCAACAUUUCCUUCCUAGACUUAACGGUAUCGUAUUGGAGGCUCUACCAGCUAACGACAAGUACUACACUCUUGUUUUACAGUUUGCAGAAAACAAUACCAGCUCUGAUUACCAAAUAACUCUAUUAAAUGCUACGGACUUAACCUCAUUACUUUCUAUUAAUGGUCCUUUCCCAGUGUUUGAAACUGUGACCCCAAACGUGGAACAGCCUAUCUCCACAGUGAACUCAAAAAGCUCAGUCUCUUCGUCAAAUAUGCUCCAAUCAAAAAAGAAGCAAAAGAGGAAACUUCUGAAGAGAAAGAAUCACGACUUCACUUCUCAAUUGACGGUUCAUCCUUUAACAAAACAUUUGUACAUUCCACAUGUGUCAUCUUUGCAAACAUUUGAUUUGUAUAAAAAUGAACAAGUCAAUUACCAAUAUGUUUCAUCUAGUGUGAAUAAUGCAGCAGGUAAAGUUAGACUCGAAUUGACCAUUCAGGAUCCCGUCGUACAGGAUGUCAAAUUCACUCUAGAUGGCCUGUGGAUGAUCACUUAUGAAGUCGAAUAUCCUCCUGAUGGGUUGUUGUCUUCGAAGGAAUUAUCACAUGUUAUAAAAUUCUGGAAAUUAGAUGACAAUAAGGAGUGGCAACUCAAAACUAAGGUUUUGAAUCCACAUGGUAAUAAUGUACCAGUUACCUGCAUAAUACCUUCACCCAAAAGUAUCAAUUCAUCUCAAGCUUGUUUAACAGCAGACAACAAUGGGGGUGUUAAAUAUUGGAAGUUUGACACCAAGCAAAACAACUGGUGCCUAAACAAGUUGUUACUACCAAACUAUAAUCACUUUUCAGGCUCGGUACAACUUGCAUGGUCUUUAGACGGAUCUUUAAUUUUCCAUGCAUUUGAAGAUAAAUUGUCAAUUAUCGAGUUUAGUGAAUUUAAACUAUUAGAAGGAGACGAUAGUUUACCAAUUGAACGUACGUUGGACACCCCAAUACAAACUUUAUGCUUAGUGAACGACUCAACGCUAAUUAUCGCAACUAAGACAUCCCUUCACUCGUUUAAUUUAUUAACUCAAAGUAUCAUCAGCAGCUUUGAUAUCUUCCCUUAUCUGAAUGGUGUUUACAAACCAGGUCAUUUUGCAAGACUACUAACAUGUGACGCUAACACCGGAAGGGUGGCGUUUGCCAUCAACCAACCAACUAUAAAAGAGAAGGAUGAUGUCAGCAAUGGAAAAAGCCUGUCUUUAAGACACAAGAGUCGUAUUCUGGUUUUCAACUCUGAUUUGACAGAGAAACUCGGCAGUUUCGGACAUAAUGAAUAUAUUUCAUCUUUGGUGUGGAACUUUGGUGCUGACUUCAUAUUUAUGGAUAUUAAGUCCCGACUUGGUAUUGUAAGUACAACGGCUAGUUCCGAAAUGGUAGAUGAGUCUAACAAUGACCAACCAUUUGAAGCAUUGGACCCAGAAUCCUUCACCUACAAACUUCAACAGUUAACAAAGAAGAAAACUUUGGACAAUACCAAGAUUGAAGAAACUGAAGAUCAAAAUAUGGAUCUGGAGUUCAUUAAUGGAAACCUUUCGCAGAAUAAAACAAUAAACAUGAACAGCUUUACUAGUUUGUUCGAGAAUAUAGACAACGUCCAAAUGGAUACAUUAUUUGAACGUGUAAUGAAAAUCAUUACGUAA